GUCACAAUUAAAAGAAAGGUUAUGUUUAAGUUGCUCAAGUGUCACGUGUCACACGUGCUUGCAGUUGCAGUUGUUGGCAUACAAAAAUCAAAAAUAAACGAAAAUGCUGUACCUCAUUGGUCUAGGACUUGGAGAUCCAACUGAUAUCACCGAGAAAGGUCGUAAUGCAAUAAACAAAUGCGAGGAUAUUUAUCUGGAAGCUUAUACUUCUGUUUUAUCUGCAGGCCAAGAUGCUCUGGAAAAACAUUACGGCCGGUCUAUAAAAAUAGCAGACCGCGAGCUUGUUGAAGGCGACGACAGUAUGUCAGAAAUAUUAUCAAGCGCAGCAACAAAAGAUGUUGCUUUUUUAGUUGUCGGAGACCCUCUUGGAGCUACUACCCACCUGGACUUGCUUGAGCGAGCUGAAGAGCAAAAUGUCCAGGUGGAAGUGAUUAAUAAUACGUCUAUUAUAAAUGCAGUUGCAUGCUGUGGACUUGAAUUGUACGACUACGGCAAAAUAGUGUCUAUUCCCUACUGGACAGACUCUUGGCAGCCCGAAAGUUUCUACGACAGAUUAGUUAAAAAUUUACGAAUAGACGCUCAUACUCUUUGUCUUCUUGAUAUCAAAGUAAAAGAGCCUACUCUUGAAAGUUUGACGAAGAAGAAACGCGAAUAUAUGCCUCCAAGGUUCAUGAGCGUCGCUGAAGCCGCCACGCAGCUGAUUUCUAUCAUAGAAAAGCGUCGAAAUUCUAAUCAAGAGCUUGCUUUGACAGAAGACAGCUUAGCUGUUGGCUUAGCACGAGUUGGAUCCGCUGACCGGAAAAUAAUUGCUUGUUCUUUGAAAGAAAUGUCUUCUGUAGAUCUUGGUCCGCCUCUUCAUUCUCUGGUCAUCCCUGCGAAACAUCUUCAUCCAAAUGAAAUUAAUCGUCUAAAAAAAUUCGCGCUAAAUAAAAAUGAAUUUGAUAAAUUAGUUGAACAGCACACAUCAUAA